GGCGGGACAGCUGUGGACGGACGUGCAAUUGCUAAAUAUUGCCCUGUCUCGGAACUGCCUGCAUACUAUGCACACGCAGCUCAAGUUCAAUAUCUGCGGACUGGAGUCUUCUCAUCUUGCAAACCACUCAGUCACAGAUAUAUCCGCCAGGGUUAAGAAAAACGUGUCGGAAACGCUCACGCACAGCAGCGUACAUUGGAUAGAGCACAUUUCGCAAGCAGAUAACGCCCAAACUUUUAAUACCAUCGUUGUGGAACUACUUUGCUCGCCAAAGGCAUUAUUUUGGAUCGAAAUAUUGAGUUUGCUGGGUUUGCUUGAGAAAGGGAAGGAAAUUAAACUUGCUGUCAGAACGUGGUCGAGAUCAUUCGCGCUGCAACCGAAUUGCACGAUUUCAUCUCUUCCUUCCAAGAUGCGAUUGCUGCCAGCACACCCCACUUAUACGUCUCCGCCCUGGCAUGGUUCCCGUCAAGAUCCUCUAGUGUAUAAGAACCGUUUCGGAGGUAUCGUACCGUCGAGAGAGGCCGAUAUAUCAUUUCUCAAAGGAGAAAGGAGUAGUAUAUUUUCCGCCAGAUAUACUUCAGAUGACAGUAAAAUCAUUUCCAGGUCAUAUGAUGAGAGAUUGCAGAUUUGGGAAGCACAAAACGGUCUAGCCAUUUGCAAGGAUUUUGAGAGUCGUAUGAGUGGGAUCAAUGCCAUCGCAUACUCACCGGACGGGAGCAAAAUAGUAAUUGCAUGUUCUGAUGAAAAGCCAAGGAUUUGGGAUGUACAGACUGGUGCUCUCCUUGUUGAGCCUCGCAGUGGUCAUGAACGCCGAAGCUGGAUCUGGGACGUUGCAUAUUCUCCAGACGGGACCAGGGUCGUGUCAGCGUCCACUGACAAGACACUGAGGAUCUGGGAUGCACAGAACGGCGUCUGUGUCGGCGAACUUCAAGGUCAUACUGAUGCGGUACACGCUGUUGUGUAUGCACCAGACGGUAAAAGAAUUGUGUCUAGCUCUGGAGAUGGAACGUUGCGUAUCUGGAACGCGGAGAAUGGUGUUCCGAUGGGCGGGCCUCUAAAAGGUCAUAAGGGUUGGAUCUGGGGGAUCGCGUACUCCCCAGACGGCAAUAGGAUCGUAUCGGAUUCUUUCGCAAACACGUUGCAGAUAUGGGACGCUCAUGAUGGAAAAUCCAUUACCGCUCGCGGUGAGCCUCGAAAUGGUUAUGGCGAUACAGUUGGGACAUUGGUAUACUCUCCAGAUGGGAGCAGGAUCGUGUCCGGAUGUGAAAACGGGACGCUGCGAUUUUGGGACGUCCAAAGCGGUAAACCCAACGGUCAAUCUCCUAAAGGUCACGAAAGCAGAGUCAACGCAGUUGCAUUUUCCCCAGAUGGGAGCAGAAUCGCUUCUGGGUCCGAGGACAAGACAGUGAGAAUUUGGGACUCGCAAAGUGGCGAACCCAUCGGUGAGCCAAUCACUGGGCAUGAAGAGCAAAUUGUAGCCGUGGAAUAUUCUCCCGACGGGAAUAGGAUUGCUUCUGGUUCUUGGGACGGGACAAUACGAAUUUGGGAUGGUUGUGAUGGAAGCCUCGUUAAUUUAACGAUCUUUGACGAUAGAUGUUAUCCGCUUAGACGGAUUGAACAGACAGUGAACCCAUUACGAAUGUCUGCGGACGGAUGGAUCCGGACAUUAGAUGACGGACUGUUCUUGUGGGUUCCUCCAGAACAUCGAACCAGUUUAUGUACGAAGGGCCAAGUUCGUGUUCUAGACGACAGGGGACGACGGUUCAUGAAGCUAAACUGGGGCAAGAUCUGUCACGGAAAAGAUUGGGCUAAGGUGUAUCUCGACAGCACGGACAAACCUUGAAGUUAUUGAUGCCAUUCACAAAAUACUUUCUCGGAUUCGCUGUGUCAUAAAUAUCCAAUAAACCAGACUUGUAUCCUUUCAAACGCGCUUGCUCAUCACACAUAUAUCUCGGUGGCAAAGCACAUUUGAAUGUCAUUUUUCCCGUCCCGUACGCGUCUUCCCCCUGCUAUUUCCUCUCCUCUUCUAUAUGCUCGGACUUCACGCAUUGUAGCCGCAUCAUAUUCCUUUUGCUACUUUCUACUGAGAAAAUUACGGGUCGUUGACCUUGAAUGUCGCCAUUGCAGAUAUGAUGAUUGUCGAGCCAGGUUGAUUCCACGGUGUAGAAAUUAUACCAUGC